ACCUUUUUAUAUUCCUAAAACAUUUCACUUCCAUUCCUAAGUUAAAACCAUUUUGUUCAAGAAAAAAAAAAGGACAUUUUUAGCUUCCAAGAUUCAGAUGGCUGCUAAUGAUCAAGAAUCCAAACUUCCCCUGAAACUUUUGGUAGAUGAGAAGAAAAAAAGAGUUGUUGCUGCUGAAGCCAACAAGGAUUUUGUGGAUAUAUUAUUCAGUUUCCUCACAUUUCCAAUUGGAACAAUAAUCAGACUAACCAACAACAACCAGCCAAUGCCAAAGAUUUCAACUUGUAUCAACAAUUUAUAUAAAAGUGUUGAAAACCUUAGUGUUGACCAUCUUUACACAGAAAUUUGCAAGUCAAUACUUUUAAAUCCAAGAAAUCCAUGUAUUGAAGAUUGUUUCAAGUUGAAAGUGAAGAUAGAUGAUUCUGUUUCUAACAAGUAUUUCAAUUGCUCUAAUGAACUGAGAUGCUCUAGAAAGAGUUGGUUAGUCAAUGUUAAGUGUUAUUGUGGAGGGAAUACAACUAUGGAGGUAUUUUCAAAAAUUGAAAAUCCAACAAAUGAUCAUUCAGGUGUUUUUAUGAGGGGAGGGAUAGGGUUUUUAAUAAGUGAUGACUUAAGAGUAUUGCCUGGUUCUCCAAGUUCUCUUGUGCAGCUGUUUUCUGAUCUUGGCUACAAUCACAUGAAUCAGAUAAGGGAGAUGUAUGUGGAAGUUGGAAAGGAGGAGAUAUUAAGACUGCUCACUUCUUCAUUGAUCUCAAAAUCUCCCUUAACUGAGGUGUUUUUGAACAAGCAAGCUAUAGUUGACAACAACAUCAUGACUGAGCCAAGAAUUUCUCAAGUGUUUCACGACCUGCAAACCGGAAGAUCCAGUAAAAUAAACAUGAAGCUAAUAUUAAGCAAGUCUAGAAACAAAAUACUGUAUGCUGAGGCAAAUGAUUCGUUUGUCGAUUUUCUGUUCAGUUUCCUCACUUUUCCUAUUGGAUCAGUGAUCCAUGUUCUAAAAGGGAUUUCUGGACUAGGAUGCAUAGACAACUUGUAUAAAAGUGUGACGGAUUUGGAGUCCCAAUGGUUUCUUUAUGGCCAACACAAAUUACUCAAUCCUGGUGUUGCUCUGAGACAUGCAUGCCAGGAUCCGUUGCUUCCAAUUUCUGUGGAACUUGCAAAUCAUAGCCUUAUAGAUCCAAGGGACACAAGUGGUUUGGCACGUGAAGUUGGCAGAUUCACAAAGUCACCUUCCUUGUUUAUUGUUUCGGACGAUUUGGAAGUCAAACCUGUGUGCUCUACAUCAAGUUUUGGCUUACUCAAAGAACUAAAUGUGCCCUUGUUUGACAUUGAAGAGAAAGUGAUCACCAUUGGUGAGGCAGAGGCCCUGUGCUUGCUUCAGGCGGCUUUAAUCGGAUCAUCAUCUGCUUUAACAAUUGCCUUGACCUCUUUCUUGAGUACACAGAAAGAAGAGAAGGACUAAAAUGCUACAAACAACAAAAGCAACUUGGCUUGGUGGCUAUACCGAUUAUGUUCUAAUAUUAGUUUCUAUAUUGCUGGUUGCGAGUAUAAAGGAAAAUGUCUGUGGUAAGUUAGCAGCCCGUAUAAAACUAGUCAAUUUAUGAUGAAUUCAGUUUGUAUUUCCUUAUGGACAAGUUUUUAUUGCCCUGCUAGUUAUUUCAGAUUUCCUAAUUAAAUGAGGUGAAGUUAGCUAGUAAAGCUAGCAA